AUGUUGAAGACAACAUGCACUGAGCACUUGCGAGCAAUGAUGCUUGCGACUCGCAGCCGAUCGCGUUACACGAUGCUCGCGCUGCUCUUGCUCGCCGCUGGCUCGGCAGCGCUGCAACCCGCGACGACGACGACGCUGUGGAACAGCGGCGUCUGACCGUUCGCCCAGCGCGCCUGGAUCGCGCUGCUCGAACGCGACAUCCCUUUCACGCACGAGCUCGUCGAUCUCUCGGCGAAGCCGCCGCGGCUCGUCGAGCUCUACGAGCAGGCGCGGCCGGGAUCGAAGGGCGCGGCGAAGGUCCCGCUCCUGGAGCACGGCGGCGACGUCGUCGUCGAGAGCGUGGACGUGUGCCGCUUCGUCGACGGCAUCGAGGCGUGCGCCGGUCCGCGGCUCCGGCCCGACGGCGCGGCCGAGCUCGUCGACGCGUUCCUCGACGCCUGGCCGCGCGUCGAGGCCGCCUACUACGCCGUGCUCACGGCGAAGGACCAGCCCGGCGCCGACGCCGCGGUCGCGGGCUUCGGCGCGACGCUCGGAGAGUUGGAGGCGCUCCUGGAGGAGCGCGGCGGUCCGCUGCUCCUCGGCGCCGACGUCUCGCUCGCCGAAGCCGUCGCCGCGCCCUGGGUCCAACGAUGGGCCGUGACGUUGCCGCGCUUCAGGAAAGUGGAUCUCGAGGCGGACGUCCUCGCGCCGCGGGGCCUCGCGCGCGUCGCCGCCUGGGCGCGCGCCGUCGCGGCGCGCCCGGCCGUCGUCGCGUCCGCCGCGCCGCGCGAGGAGAUGAUCGCGGCCGCCGAGCGGUACUACGUCACCUUCCAGACGAGG